UUCGAGAUGGAGACCGAUCUGAGACUGGAGUCCAGUUUGUGGGUCGGGAAUAAAAGGUACCGGGCGCUGCUGACUGGCUGGCAUUUCCAUUGGACCGAGGUAGAUAAGAAGAAUCGAGAUAAGAAAACAAUUUCAGUGCCUGUGUCAGAGGUGGUCGGCGUGGAGGAGGGACGGGUGGAGAUCUUGCCCCAGAAGUCAAUUGAGGACACAGACAAAGACUUCACAGUUUUUUAUGUGAAGCGUAGCAGCAGUGGGGGCUUGAAUGGCUUGCUAUGGAGACUGGGCCGGAUCCAAUUCAGCUGCCCCAGUCGGGUCCUCAGAGACCAGUGGACACAACACCUAAGAACUGCUCUAAAAACUCACAGUCCUGUGCACCCCAGCAGAUUGUUGGUGUUUAUCAACCCUUUUGGAGGAAAGAAGAAAGGAAGACAGAUCUACCAUUCUUUGGUCGCACCUCUGUUUGAGCUGGCCGGCAUCAGUUGUCAUGUAAUAGUAACUGAGCGGGCAAACCAGGCCAGAGACCACCUCCUGAAGAAAGACCUGACAGGCUUUGAUGGUGUGGUGUGUGUUGGCGGGGAUGGCAUGUUCAGCGAAAUACUUCAUGGUUUGAUUGGGCGGACACAACAAGAGGCCGGCCUUUGUGAGAAUGAUCCCUCUGUGACUUUGCAGCCUUGUCCGCUUCAUAUUGGCAUCAUCCCUGCAGGUUCCACAGACUGUGUGUGUUACGCCACAGUGGGAGUGAUUGACCCUGUUACUUCAGCUUUGCACAUUAUCAUCGGAGACUCUCAGCCUUUGGAUGUGUGCUCAGUACAUCACACCAAUGCUCUUGUGCGAUACUCUGUGUCUCUGUUGGGUUAUGGCUUCUAUGGAGACGUACUGGCUGAAAGUGAAAAACACCGCUGGAUGGGACCUCUCAGAUAUGACUAUGCAGGCACAAUGGUGUAUCUGAGCAACAGAAGCUAUGCAGGCAUAGUUCAGUAUCUACCAGCAGACCCUCUGCUCUCCAGCCCCAGAGACAAAACACGCUGCCUCUCAGGAUGCAGUGUGUGUUCCAAAAGCACAGAAAGACUUUUCCCCCACCCUUCAGAUUCAGGCUCCUUGUACAGCUCCCACUUCAGCCAGUUCAGUAGUGACUCUGAAGAAGGUGAAUGGGUGAGUGUGGAAGGCAGGUUCAGAUGUGUGUCCCUCACUUGUAUGUCAAGCUCAUGUCCCAAAAGUCCUCUUGGCCUCUCUCCCUCUGCUCACCUGGCUGAUGGAACAGGGGAUCUCAUCCUGGUAUGGGACACUCACCCACUGGGCUUCCUCAAGUUCCUCUACAGGCACACGAGCACACAAGACCAGUUUGACCUGCCAUUUGUGGAGGUCCACCGUGUGAAGGCUGUCCGUUUUUCUCUCCCUGCUGGCAAAGAGGAGGAAGCGUUUGAAGAGACUGGUGGGUUAGAUGAAGAAGAGAGAGGACAUGUUGAGACUAUUAGCAGGAAUGGAUCUCAACAGCAGCUGACAGAGAGAAGCAUGGGGCAGGAAAUAGCAAACGAGCAGAAAUCGGCGACCCCCUUCCUGUGUGGUCUGUGCUGCAGCAAAGCUCCUGCUGCAUCAGUGUGGAAUUGCGAUGGAGAAAUUCUGCCAUUCACCAACAUAAUUAGCAGGAUUCAUGGCCAGUUGGUGCGUUUGUAUGCCAGGGGCAUUGAAGAUGGAGCCACCAUGCACAGCUGCAGCGAGGAAAACUGUGAAAGGGCAUGA